GGGAGGAUUAGGCGCGUUCCAGCUGUCACGGCUAAUCCACAUUGCCCGUUAACCUUGGCCUUCGGUUGUGUGCGUGCGUAUAGCUAGUGCAUUCAAACUACAUAGCAUAUGGCAGAAAAUUAGGGUUGUGCACUACUUGAGCGAAAAAUAGUAAGUCACAUUUUAUCCGUCGAGGCCAUGUACUUCCAUACAAUAAAAUAAUGGCUGUAAAAUCUUAUAUAACAGACACCGAAACUGGAGUAGAUUCAUUACGCUAUCAACCAAUCAAUUAUUUCAUCGGUGUAUAGCUCUAUCGGUUCAUUUUUACUUUUUUAAAUCAUCACAAACAUGGCGGCCUUUUGUGUGGUACUCUCUUGUUUGGUAUUUACUGUUUUGGUUCUCAUGGCAACGGAGAUCAAGUGCGCAAGUAAUACAACAGCAGGUGUUGACAUGAUAUUUAUUGCUGAUACGGGUCACAAGAAGGUGCUAGCUGCUACCUUGGGUGCUUACCGGUUUCGCUCAUUGGUGCUUGGAGACAUUGAGGUUUGGGACGUGACCUUCAGCGAGGUCAAUCAAAAGCUUUACUGGGCCAGCAAACACAAUGGACAUAUCUACCAAGCUAACGCCGACGGGUCCGGUGUCAAACAGGUGUCAAGUACAUCCCAUACAGAACCAACAUCGCUUUCGAUCGACGAAACCAACCAGCAGAUUUACGUGGCUUACAAAGGCGAGGAGCUGAUCAGUAGCUUUAACCUCAACGGGACAGUAGUGAGGGAGACAUCAGUGCACCCUGCUCUGAGUAAACCAGGGGCCAUUCAUGUCGAUUCAGAGAACGGGUAUCUGUACUUCACCCAGUUCGGACGGGUGGACCGAUCACCGCUCUCCGGUGGGAGUAUCACCAACCUCCAUUACAACAACGAUCUUGGUGAGAUCGAGGCAAUGGCCGUCGAUGUCGAAGGUCAGCGUAUCGUGAUCAGUGAUCCCGGCAAUGGCCUAGUCGUCAGUAUGAACCUCGACGGCUCCCUACCAAAGGUCAUCAGCAGCCUAUCCUCCAACUACAAGAUCACCGACCUACAGUUCUACCAGGGCGACCUCUACGUUAGCAACGAACUCGAGCAUCGGUCCAUCAUGAAGCUAAGAAAUGGAGUGGGGAGACCGGUGAAAGCCUAUACGGACAACCGAGACGUACUCAGCUAUCCGAGGAAGUUCCACAUCGCACGUGUAGACCUCUAGGUGUAUUCGUGGAUAGCCCCACGGUUGUAUUUAUUCAGGCAUUUUCGUUUAUAUUGAUGUUUUUAAAUAAAGCAGAUCUAUUGCGCCAUUCAAAUAGCCCGUAGCACACGAAGCGUCAUUUUGAUUGCGUCAUUACCUCAGAACAUAGUGAUGGCAAACAUCCAAUCACCAGUAAUUCAACGCACUGUUUUAAGUCUUCAUUUUGUGUCCAUUUUUGUUACGAGUUCACUCUUAGAUUGCGCGUCAAUGACAACGUCUGCGUUGACUCAGCCCUACGCCAGCAUGAGACGCCCUCACGUGCAAUGGGCCCUCUACGUCCGAUGCACACGAAGCAUCAUAGCUGGUGCUGCCCGCUUCAUAAAACUUUUUAUCUAUAACAAACGCUUUAUUUCUAUGAUAAAUUUGCUCACAGCCAAUCAGAUGCCUUGAUUUCAGUAGCUUAUAA